AUGGCAGACGCGGCGGCGGCUGCGGAAGGCGCUGCGGGAAACUCGCAGGCUCCCCAGCAACAGAGCUUCCUCGGGAGAAUUGGAGGCCUUAUGAUGCAGGUCAUGAUGUUUCAGGCAGUGAUGCAGCUCGUCACGAGCUUCACAAGCAGCCGCCAGCCGCUGGCGCCCCCGGCCGGCCCCGCCGGCCCAGACGCGUUCGGAGACAGGCCCGGAGUGUCUCCGCAGUGGCCGAACAUGCCGGCGAACCUCGUGCUUCACAACUACUUCCCCCCCGACACUUCGUUUGACGUGUACAUGCAUUUGGCGUACUUCAAGGUGCCAGUCCCGCCAGUGCCGGUGGAGGCGCCGGCCGCGGGCGAGGGAUCUCCGUCGGUCUCUUCGCUGCUGUCGGGCUUCCAGGCCUCGCUGAAGCAGUUUGCGCCGCCUACAGGUGCGCCGCCUUCCAGCGGAAGUCGAAGCGUCUUCCCAGUGCGCGUGCCGCUCAAGCUGCUGGCAGACCGCGCGGAGAAGACCAAACGGCGUCUGGAGGCUCGCGAGGCGCAGGAUGCGACCGCGGGCGAGGAUAUCCUGCUGACUGUCGACCGCGGGCGGCUCUUUGGCGCCCCGCGCGACUCGGGCGAGAAUGCCCUGAUCCGCGUCAGCGGAAACGUUGUGGAAGCCUGGAAGGUGCUCAACUCCACCUAUGCAUACGCGCGCUGGAGCACGAGCCCGGAGACUAACGUGACCUUCACCGCGCCCGCUGACUUCCUCACCCAACCCGUGGCGCCCACCGCUGCCGCCGCCGCGCCGCAGCCGGCGCCCGCGCCCCUCACCGCCGGCGUGGUCGGCGGCGAAGAGCCCAAGGCUCCAGAGGCGGCCGCCGCGGGAGGAAGCGGAGGAGACAAGGGACAGGCCGACGCGCCGGCGCACGCUGAGGAAAAGGGCCCAACGGAGCAGACGUCGCUGUGCCUCAUCACCACGGUCGUGCCCCACUGGGCCUACAAAGACAGACGGAACCUGCCCGAGAUGUGGCAAGCUGGGCAGGUGCCGGAGGUGGAGGAGAUGCAGACGCUGCAGCGCGUGACGUCGCUGAUGCAAGCGAUGCCCCUCGUCGCGAACAAGGAGGAGGAGCACUCACUUCUUCUCGGGGGCGAGCAAGAGGAAAAACGAAGAAAGAACGAGAAACAGGACUCUGAGCCCGUCGUUUGGCACUUGAAAAACCGGCUGGACGUCUCGCUCGUCUUCGACUCUUCACAGCACACGCCGCAGAACCUGCGCGUGGGCCCAAUGCAGAACGUCGUAGUCCGUCCCGCCGACGCGGCGUACGAACCGGUGCUUUUCCACUCCGACUUUUGGCUUCUCGAGAAGAACUUCGUUCCUCUGAACGAAACCCUUGCCGACCGUCCGCUGAACUUGACGCUGAGUUUCGGCGUGGGGUCGAUUCACGGCUGGCUGGUUCAGGAGCAGCUGGGCGCGGCGCUUGAGCACCAACAGCGUCUAGGCCUCCAGUCGACGCGCGAGGCGAUGAUGUUUAAGCGCAUCAUCAUCGAGACCAAUCCGUUCAUGCUCGCCUUCUCCACGGCGUUCAUUCUUCUGCACUCCGUCUUCUCCUUUUUCGCUUUCAAGAAUGAUAUGCAAUUCUGGUACAAGAACGACUCGAUGGAGGGGCUUUCGGCUCUCUCGCUGAUCUUCAACUUUGUCUGCGAAGUAAUCAUCGGCCUCUACCUGUUUGACAGCGGCGAGACGUCGUGGCUGAUUCUCUUCGAGAUCUGCCUAGGCAUCUUGCUGUCGGCGUGGAAGGUGACGAAGGCCGUGAAGCUCGCGGUUCAGCCAUUCUUCCCGUACGUUAAGGUGGACUUCAUGAAGAGCUACACCGAGUCGCACACGCAGGAGUUUGACUCGGUCGCGAUUCGCUGGAUGUCGAUUAUUCUUGCCCCUUGCGUUGCAGGCUACGCGAUCUACGCGCUGCUGCACAACAAAUACCGCUCUUGGUUCUCGUACAUCAUCUCCGUCCUCGCCGGCUCGGUCUACACCUUCGGCUUCAUCACCAUGACGCCGCAGCUUUACAUCAACUACAAGCUGAAGUCCGUCGACCAUCUUCCCUGGCGGGCUCUCGUGUACCGGUCGCUCAACACCUUCGUAGACGACGUGGCUUCCUUCCUGAUUGACAUGCCCUGGAUGCAUCGCCUCUCCUGCUUCCGCGAUGACAUCAUCUUCGUUUGCUAUCUGUAUCAGAGGUGGAUCUACAAGGUCGACCAGACGCGGACGCUCGGGGGCCCCCCUGCGCCGCAGACUCAGUCCCUCGCCCCCGCGCUGCACCGAGACGAAGAUCUGCAGCAGAGAGCGGAGCAGAGGAAGGAGGAGGGCGCGAAUACCGAAGACGACGGAGAGGCCGCGCGAGCAGCGGCGGCCUCCGCGCAGCCCGCGCCGAAUGCCGGCAACGCUCCAGAGGCCUCUCGUAAACGCACAAACAGGAGAGAGGCGACAGGUGAAAUGUGA